AUGCUCAGGAUUCAAAAUCGCAUUAAACAUGAUAAUGCUGAAUUGCUGGCUAUUAUUGAUAGAUGUGCAUGUAUUAUAUUUUUUGAAGUUAGAAAUUAUGAAAGAAGACAGGUUGACUCUUAGACAAAUGAUUAAAGACAAUAAUACAGAAAUAAUUUCAUUAGUUACAACUUAUAAAAAGAAAAAUGGUAUUUAUUAUAAAUCAAUAUUUCAGAUCUAAGAUUGUUAUAAUAAGAAUUAAGAAAAUUAUUGAAUAAAGUUAAAGGCAAAUAAUAAUAAUAAUAAACUCAGAUUCAAUUCAAUACUAAAAUAUAAAAAGAAAAUUAAGUAAAUAUAUCUCAAUCAAAAACAUCACGAACCCCUUCAAGAUAAACUGCAAGUAUUUAAAAAAAUCGAAAUUUUGUAAGUCCUCCUAAAAGAUCUUUAAGUCGAUAAACAAAAUAGUAAAAUAUUCAAAAAUAAGAAAAUUCUCCUAGAUUUAAUGAAGAUAUAAAAUAGAAUAGUCCUAAUUCUCCAGAAUUCUAAUUGUAAAUAUGUUAGCAUAAAAUAUUAAGCAUUUCACCAAAUAAAAUUGAAUAACAAAGAUAAUAGUUGGAAUAAUUUGAAUAAAAAUUAAAAUAAUAUACUCAAGGGGAUAAUUUUUAAAAAUUAUUUGAUCAAUAAGAAUAUGCAAAAAAGAGAGAUGAAGUGGUUCUAGCUAGUUUUUAAAAUGUAUUAAAAAAUUUAAUUAUUAGUUUACUGUUUAACAUUCAGAGCCUGAUAAAGAUUAAAAUAAAGAUAAAGAGGAAGAUUUUCAAUAACAGAAUCUACAUAGAAGAUAGUAUUCUUAUAUGUCGAUGCCCAAAGAUAUUGUAAUUCAUCAACAUCACAAUACUGAAAUAAUUGAAAUAAAAUUAUAAACUUAAUCAAAACAAGAAAUAUAAUAACCAUAAGAAAACAUUAUUUAAGAAAUUAGGACUAAUAUUUAGGGGUCUUAAGAUGGUUAAAAAAUUAAUUUUGGAAAAUAUAAUGAAGAUGUGUAGAAUUAAAUUUAAGAUAGACAAUAAGAAUAAAAUGAAAAAGAUAAAAAAUAGAGAUUUGAAUAAAAAAAUGAUAAUGUCUAUCAAUCUUAAUUAUUAGAUAAAUACGAAGAAGAUGAAUAUGUUUAAUUUUAAAAUACUUAAAAUGAAAGAUAGUAAACAUAAUAGUUUGUUGCUACAAAUGAUGAAGAUUUAUACAAGCCUAUAAUAACUGAAGAUGAUAUAAUGAAGAAAUAUGCAGAUUUAUUUACAGCACCUGAUUUUUUGAAAUAAUGCAGAGCAACUUGUUAAACUCAAAAAACAAUUGAUUCAUUUGCUGAUAGUAGAAGCCUUAAUUUUAUAGUUCCAUGUUAAAGUAUGGUUUGUCAGGAUGUUGAAACAACUAAAAAAGGAAAAUAUUAAUUGUUAUCAUAAUUAACAGCUGAAUAAAUUUUUGAUGAGAUUUUUCCUGAAUCUACUUUAUAGAAAAUAAGUAAAGCAUUUUUUAGAUUUAAAAUGGAAGUUGUAUUUUAAUAAUUAAAUCAUGAUCCAUCUUAAGAAGAAUUAGAUGAAAUGUUUUAUUAGGUUGAUAUUCUAAGAGAUGGAUUUGUUGAUGUUAAUGAAAUGGGUUAGUUUUUAGAUAGUGUUUGUCCUAAAUAAGAUAGAUAAAUUUAUAAUAAUAUUGAUAAAAAUAAUAAAGGAUAUUUUGAUGAAUAAGAAUUAAGUUAAUAAUCUAAUAAAAAUGUUGCUAGAUUAUACUUUUAAGAAUUGGAUUUAUUAAAUACUAAUAAAAUAACAUAUUGGGAAUAUUAUUUAAAGUAAUAAAAUAUAUAUUAUAUUUAGACGUACUACGAAUAUUGGUCAAUAAGUUAUUAAUUUAAUAUUAAAAAAUUUAGAUUGA